CCUUUGGCAAAAACAACAGUCAAGGACAAGGCCCAGCACGCCGUCAUCCUCGACAAGACCACUUCCGACAAGCUCUAUAAGGAUGUCCAGUCCUACCGCCUCGUGCCUUGCCGACUUGGAGGAGAAGGGCCAGAUCAAGCAGGUCGUCAGCCACAGCAAGAUGAAGAUCUACAGUAUGUUUGGUUGAUGGUUCGCGACAGUAGCGGAAUUGUGCUGACACGCUCUAGCUCGCGCCGUUACCGCCGCCGAGUAAAUAUUUCCCACCAAAGACUUCAUUUCAACGGACCUGACGGGCAGGACAAAUAA